AUGGAGCUAGGCCUGGCGCUCCGGCUCGUCGCGCCGCCGGCAUGUCUCUCUCGCCGUAGGGCCCUUGCGCCGCCGUGCGCGCCACUAGGAAGCAGAGUAUGGUCUGUGAGGCGCGAGCGUAGUAGUAGGGCUGGGGCUGUGGCGAGUGGGGGUCUGAGCUAUGCUGUGGUUGAAGAGGACGAGGAGAUGGAUGUGGAAGAGGAGGGUGAUGCGAGGCCGCGGCUGGAGCUCAUCGAGAAGCCGGACCGGAGCCUGGCGCUGCUCGACGAGUACGAGGCGGAGGAGCUGGGGGCGGCGCUGUGCGCCAACCACCGCAGCGGUUAUGUUGCUGUGCUAGGGAAGCCGAAUGUCGGCAAGAGCACCCUUAUAAACCAAAUUGUUGGUCAGAAGCUUUCCAUCGUAACAGAUAAGCCACAGACUACACGUCAUCGCAUCCUCGGUAUAUGUUCAGAACCAGAAUACCAGAUAAUACUUUAUGACACGCCAGGUGUCAUCAAGAAGGAGAUGCACAAGCUAGACUCGAUGAUGAUGAAGAAUGUUCAGAGUGCUAUUGGCAAUGCAGACUGCGUGAUCGUUGUUGCUGAUGCUUCCAAACUGCCUGAAAAGAUAGAUGAUAUGCUGGAAGAAAGUGUGGGGAACAAAGAGACUGCGGUCCCUGUUGUGUUGGUACUGAACAAGAAAGAUAUGAUAAAACCAGGAGAAAUUGCAAAGAAACUCGAGUGGUAUCAAAAAUUCACUAAUGUAGAUGAUGUUAUACCUAUAAGUGCUAAAUUUGGUCAUGGAGUCGAUGAUAUCAAGGAGUGGAUAUUGUCAAAGCUUCCGCUGGGUCCUGCUUACUACCCCAAGGACAUAGCUAGUGAACACCCCGAGAGAUUCUUUGUGGGGGAAAUAGUGAGGGAAAAGAUUUUCCUUCAAUAUAGGCAGGAAAUUCCAUACGCGUGCCAGGUUAAUGUUACAAGUUACAAAAGCAGGCCUGGUGCCAAGGAUUUUAUUCAAGUUGAGAUACUUGUCGAGAGGGAAUCACAAAGAAGCAUUAUACUUGGGAAGGAAGGGAAAGCUAUAAAGACGUUGGCAACAGCAUCAAGGCUUGAUAUCGAGGAUUUCCUUCAAAAGAAGGUUUAUCUUGAGAUAGAUGUGAAGGUGAAGGAGAACUGGAGACAAGAUGAACGGCUUUUGAAACGUUACGGCUAUGGCGGGGAGAUUCAAGCUUUAUGAGUACAAGCAUGAUUUCUCUUAUCAAACCACAAGAGUAGGAAUUAGCUUGUUUUUAAAAUUUUCUUUUCCCCCUGCUGAGUGAGGUAUUUAGGUGUUCAAAUUAGAUCAGUUAUUAGUCAGGAACUCUUCCCAAAUUUUGAUGCAUGUCUGGUAUAUCAUGGGGUCGUUGUUUCUGCAUCUAAAUCACAUUUCAGCUCUGUUCUGUCAGAGAUAGGAGAUAGUCUGCAGUGGUGCUAGGCCAACUAAAUCCUGUCUUUUUUUGAAUGGGGAACGUGCUUCUUUUGUCUA